AUGAGGAGGACGGAAAAAAGGGCAGUGGGGAUCGUGCACCAGUUCCUGAGCCUGGUUGAGGUGGAGAAGAUCAGUCAUUUUAGGAAGUGGUUUGGGAUGGACUUGAACGAUCCUGUGUAUGAGGCCCAAAUGAAGCUUCUCAUUCUUGUUUUUAUGGAGCAUUGUGGGCUGGACAGAAAUGGCAGCAAGACGAGCGGGAGGACUGACCCUGAAGUAGCCGAUUUUAUGAGAGGCGCGGAUCGUGAAGCUCAAACGAAAGUCGCGAAAGCAAGAUGUUUCUUGGCCCAAGCCGUUCGUCGUCUGUUGAGGGAGGACUGA